AAGAAGUUCAUAAUUUCCUGAGUCAUUGCGCCUCUGGUUCAAAACAUCUCCGUAGAGUCUCCGGCACUGUGUGGUCCAUGAUGGAGGGUUCUGUCUCGGAUGUGGAGGUCUGUAACUUCGCCUACACGGGACAGUUUGAGAAGCUCAGACAGUGUAUCCUGUCCGAUAAAACGCUCGCCUGCAAAACGGACCAGGUCCGCAGAACCGCGCUGCACUGGGCCUGUUCUGCCGGACACACCAACAUCGUGGAGUUCCUGCUCGACCUGGGGGUUGAAGUGAACAUACAAGAUGAUACUUGUUGGACUCCUCUGCACAUCGCAGCAUCUGCAGGCAGAGAAGACAUCGUUAGAUCUCUGAUAUCCAAAGGAGCUCAGCUGAACUCAGCCAACCACAACGGAUGCACCCCUCUGCACUAUGCGGCCUCCAAGGACAGAUAUGAGAUCGCCUUGCUGUUGCUGGAAAACGGAGCAGACCCCAAUGCUACUGAUAAGCUGGAGUCCACUCCUCUUCACAGAGCGUCUGCCAAGGGCAACUACCGCCUCAUCCAGCUGCUUCUCAAACAGAGCGCCUCAACCAACAUCCAGGACUCGCAGGGCAACACGCCACUUCACCUGGCAUGCGAUGAGGAGCGUGUGGAAGCAGCCAAACUGCUGGUGGAACAUGGAGCCAGCAUUUACAUCGAGAACAAGGAGGAGAAGACCCCACUCCAGAUAGCCAAAGGUGGUCUGGGCAACCUACUUCGCCGGAUCGUGGAGGGAUGAUGGUUCCACUCACCUACAGGGGGAGUUCCAGAUCAAAUCCCCACCAGCGCUAAGUUACGUUAUGAGGAUUCUCAUCCCAGUCAGUCGUCCUCGAGCGGUCUGGUACGACACAUUCGAACGUGUAACAGGUCGAAGAUGAGACAGUGUCUGGGAGAAAAAGUUGGACUGUACUGCUUCCUUAUCAGCUCUUCAGAUGUGGCUUUGAAACUGCGCAGACCAAAUAUGUGUGAUUUAAAACACCCUCCUGCACUAAGCGCAGUCUUUCCAGCUCAGCAGUCAAUUUUCUAUGAAGUUUGAAUUGUAAAAAAUGGCUUAAUAAAAACCAGUGUUCAGCAUGUUAAUGAAGUAUCGUUGGAA